AUGGCUCUGCCUCCAUCGCCUGUUGACACCAGGCGUUGGUGGAAAUCACCCAAUCUGCGCACUCUCAACUUUCUCAUGAUGAUCCCACUUCUGUCCAUCUUUUCCCAAGGUUUCGACGGGAGUAUGAUGAAUGGUCUGCAGUCCGUCACUCACUGGCAGACUUACUUCGGAACUCCAACAGGAGCUAUGCUCGGUUUCUUCAACGCUGCCUAUCCCCUCGGUGGAAUCCUAGGCACUUUUCUCAUCUCACCCGCGGCCGAUACCUUUGGACGAAGAUGGGGUCUCGCUACUGGAGCUGCUCUUUGCUGUAUCGGUGCGGCUAUACAGGGCGCUGCUAUGAAUAUUGCCAUGUUUAUCAUCUCACGAGUCAUUAUCGGUGCAGGCAGUGUUGUUGUUGCUGGAGUUGGCGCUCCUUACAUCACAGAGAUUGCGCACCCGGCUCAGCGAAGUACGGCUACAGCUCUCUUUCUCACCUUUUACUCCGUCGGAUCGAUCAUUGCCGGCUGGUGCACGUUUGGUACAUUCCGCAUUGACAGCACUGCAUCUUGGCGUAUUCCAUCAGCCCUGCAGGGCCUUCCCUCUAUCAUCCAGCUUCUUUUUGUCUGGUUUGUCCCAGAGUCGCCCCGAUGGCUCGUCAGCAAGGGUCGUAACGAUGAGGCACUUCAGAUGCUUGCCAAGUACCAUGGCGAGGGUGACUCCUCUGACCCUGUCGUUCAGUUUGAGUACACCGAGAUCCUUGAGACGCUGAGUGCAGAGGCAUCUAGUCAGAACAACAUGUUUGCUUUCCUGAAGGACCUGGGAAGUACUCCUGGUAACCGCAGGCGCAUGUUUAUCAUGAUCUGGGCAGCUAUCUGCUCACAGAUGUCUGGCAAUGCCUUUGUCUCAUAUUACCUCUCGCCCAUCCUGCACUCUGUCGGACUCAACUCGGAUCUUCAGCAGACUCUCAUCAAUGCCACCAACCAGAUGCUUUCUUGGUUCAGUGCCAUUUACUUCGCCACGUUGCCGGCAAAGGUUGGCCGUCGCAAGCUUUUCCUGUGGUCUCUUGCUGCCAUCUGGGUCAUCGAUAUUUGCAUCACUGCAGGAAGUGCCGUAUUCGCCAAGGACAACACCAACAAAGCUGCCGCGUAUACUGUCGUUGCGUUCCUUUACCUCUUUUCACCUGCUUAUAAUCUUGGUUUCAACGGCAAUCUUGGACUUUACAUCCCCGAGAUCCUCCCUUAUCGUAUGCGAACCAAGGGACUGUCGUUUUUCUACUUUGUCCAGUUCUGCUUCAUGAUGCUUUCAACCUUUGUUGUGCCUAUUGGACUCAAAGAUAUAACUUGGAAGUUCUACAUCAUCUUCACAAAGGGACCAUCGUUAGAAGAGAUCGCUUGGAUCUUCGAUAGCCCUAGUGGUGGUGUUGGUAUGCAUUCAGCUCGAGCUGAGGGCAAGACUUCGACAAUUAUUGAGCAUGCAGAUGGCAAGGAGUCCGUCUAA